GAGAAAGAAGACUUUUCUUUCUUCAGCAAGUAACUGAGUAUAUUUCGGUUUUUUUCUUAAUCUUUCUCCAAAAUUCAAUUUUUUUUUCGUUUUUAAUAAUUUAAGUUUAAAAAAAAAUUCUUGUCCAUAAUUUCCGUUUUCCUUAAAUUCAGCUGUCCUAACGUCAAAACUCAGACACUCGCUUGCGUGUCUCCCUCUUAAAGUCUCCCCCAUCUCUCUCUCUCUCUCUCUCUCUUUCUCCUUCGUUUCUCUCUGUUUCUGUGGCCUAUUUUUCAAAGAAGAAGAAACCCAAUUUAUCUCUCUCUCCCUCUCGCAAGGAAUCAUGGUGUUUGGAAAAGGGUCAACGAAAAAAUCGAACCUUGACAGGUUCCUUCAUUGUACAACACCUGUAGUGCCACCCCAGUCUCUUCCCAAGGCGGAGAUUAGGAGUUUGAAUCGGAUUUGGCAUCCGUGGGAGAGAGAAAAUGUUGAGUUUUUCAGAUUGAGUGAUCUAUGGGAUUGUUAUGAUGAAUGGAGUGCUUAUGGAGCUGGUGUUCCUAUUCGUCUCACCAAUGGAGAAUCUCUUGUUCAAUAUUAUGUUCCUUAUCUCUCUGCUAUUCAGAUUUUCACCUCUCGUUCUUCCUUGAUCCGCUUGAGGGAUGACUCUGAAGAUGGGGAAAGCAGAGAUUCCUUUAGUGAUUCAUAUAGUGAUGAGAGUGAAAGUGAUAAGCUUUCGAGAAGCGCUUCUGAGGAAGGACUUGAGCACGAUGCUCUCUUGCAUCCUAAUGAUCGCUUGGGAUAUCUAUACCUGCAAUACUUUGAGAGAUCAGCUCCUUAUGCUCGAGUUCCUCUCAUGGAUAAGAUCAAUGAAUUGGCUCAGAGGUACCCUGGAUUAAUGUCGUUGAGAAGCGUAGACCUUUCCCCGGCAAGUUGGAUGGCGGUAGCUUGGUACCCGAUUUACCAUAUUCCAAUGGGAAGGACCAUCAAAGAUUUGUCCACUUGUUUCCUAAGCUAUCACACUCUUUCUUCUUCUUUCCAAGAUAUGGAGCCAGAAGAGAAUGGUGGGGAAAAGGAGAGGAUCCGAAAGGAAGGAGAAGGUGUAACUUUGCGUCCUUUCGGGUUAGCCACAUACAAGAUGCAAGGCAAUGUUUGGCUCUCGGAAGACAAUCAAGGUCAAGAUCAAGAGCGAGUUGUGUCACUUCUAAGUGUUGCGGAUUCUUGGCUGAAACAGCUAAGAGUCCAACACCAUGACUUCAACUACUUCUCAAGAAUGGCUCACCGUGGCUGAAACAAAUCUGUCGCUAUACGGAUGAUUUCAUAUGUAGAUUUUUUUAUGUCUUUUUGUUUUUCUUGUUGGUCUCAAGUGACAAGGAGAUUACUGUUUUCCCUGGUCACAAUUUGUCCAGUGGUUGGAGUAGAAGUGGCAGCGUCGAGGAGGCUCAGACCGCUAACUGAGCGUUUCCUUAAAGGCAAUUACAGGAGUUUCAGCGUUUUGGGUGUAGAAUAGGUUUAAAGUCCUAUCAAUGGGAGAUGUCGUAUAUCAUAAGUACUGAUUUCUUGAGAAGAGUGGUUUCUUGUUGUUGUUGUUUCUUGAUAACAUUGACUGAGAGAGGUUCUUGUUCUUGUACCUGAGAGUGUACUUAGUAUAAUACUUUAAUGGAGUAGUAAAUAUAACGAAUCUGAUCAUAUACAUAUUUGUAAUUGUUUUUACACAAAUAUUAUACUCAAUCUUUAUAUCAUA